AUGGACAAGUCAAUCGAGUCCGAGGUGAUCCCGUCUACCACCGAAAGGAACAAGGAAGCGACCAGGCAGCCAAAACCUCGCAGGUGGUGGCAGUUCGGUGGCAAGGAUAUCAGCCAUGUCUCCGUCGACGCCGACAUCGAGCUGGAUUCCGAGACGUCGUCUUUGGAGCCGACUGACCCCUCGGUCGUCAAGAACGUGAACAACGUCUACGAAGCUCCCGAAGCCACGGAUAUCUACAAGCCAAUCGAGGGAUUCGAGGGCACACAUCGUUUCGAUCCCUCGGCUGAAUGGACCCAGGCAGAGGAACAGGCUUUGGUGAGGAGGCUCGAUUGGCGGAUUGCACUUCCAACAUGCAUCAUGUUCUUUGCACUUCAACUCGAUCGAGGCAACAUUACCCAAGCGUUGUCGGACAAUAUGCUAAAGGAUCUCGGUAUGAACACCAACAACUAUAAUAACGGCAUGACCAUCUUUUACUGCUCCUUCUUAUUUGCCGAGCUUCCGUCGCAGCUUAUCAGCAAGAAGCUCGGCCCAGAUACGUGGAUUCCGAUCCAAAUGGUGGCCUGGAGCGCCGUAGCGGCUUCGCAGGCUGCGUUGUCUGGGAAAACAAGCUUCUACAUCUGCCGGUUCCUCCUCGGGCUCAUCGAGGGAGGGUUUAUUCCCGACACCAUCCUCUACCUGAGCUACUUCUUCACGAACGCGGAACUCCCAAAGCGUCUGAGCUGGUUCUGGACCUCGUACCAAUCGACUCAGAUCGUGGGCGCUUUUCUCGCGUAUGGUAUCCUGCAUCUCCGCGGCCACGGAGGCAUUGCGGGAUGGAGAUAUCUGUUCGCGAUCGAAGGCGCCCUCACCGGCCUGAUUGGCAUCCUCACCUGGUUGUACCUGCCGGCCUCGCCAACCCAGACCGCUCGUAACUCCGCUGCUCGGAGGAAUGGCCGAAAGAUCUGGACCAAAGGGCUUCUUCGGCCCAAGAACGGCUGGUUCACGGAGCGGGAAGAAACCAUCAUGGUCACCCGCAUCCUGCGCGACGACCCCGGGAAGGCGACCAUGCACAACCGGCAAGGUCUUAGCUUCGACCUCUUCUGGUCGGCUCUCACCGACUACGACAUGUGGCCCAUCUACCUGAUCGGUCUCUCGUGGACCAUCCCGAGCACACCUCCGCAGGCAUAUAUUACCUUGACGUGCAAGGCCUUGGGAUUCGACACGUUCCAGACCAACCUGCUCACCAUCCCGGCCUACACCCUCUUCAUCGUGCAGCUGUUGUUCUGGACGUGGGUGUCGGAACGAAUCAACCAGAGACUGCUGCUCGGCGUGAUUUGCCAGAUCUGGUGUCUCCCGCUGCUGGUCGCGCUGGUCACGCUGGUCACGCUGCCCCCUCACUUCCACGGCUCCAACUGGUCCAAGUGGACGCUGUCCACUUUGCUGGUCGGCUACCCGUACGUGCACGCGAUCCUCGUGGCCCUCACGUCCCGCAACGCCGGCUCCGUGCGCACCCGCACCGUCGGCUCCUCGCUGUAUAAUAUGGCCGUGCAGGCGUCCAACAUCUUCUCGUCGCAGAUCUAUCGCCAGAACGACGCGCCGUACUACUACACGGGAAACAAGGCGCUGUUGGGCGUCGUCGCGUGGAACGUCAUCGUCUUCAUCGGCGCCAAGAUCUACUACGUCCGCAAGAACGCCGACCGGGACAGGGUUUGGUACGCCAUGAGCCGCGAGGAGAGGGUUCACUACCUCCAGACGACUACGGACAAAGGGAACAAGAGGUUGGAUUUUAGAUUUGCUCACUGA